AUGGCCCCCCCGAUGGCCUUGGACGUCAACUUUGACAGGCGAUCUGGCUCCCCCGAAUCCUUUAUCAACUGCUGCUGUGGACGCCCCGAUUGCCCCUUUCUGAAAAAGAACUGCUCGGUGCUCGAAUCUGUCGAGAAGGAUGUUCAUACAGCCGCGCAGCUGGGUCAGGCUCUUCUCGCCCGCCAUGAGGCUUAUAUGGCCGAUGCCGAGCGGGACAGGUUAGAGUUGACGAGCCGAAUCGAGCGGUUGGAGAAGGAUAAGCACCAACUUGAGGCUGCCAACGCGACCAAGGUGGAGGAGAACCGUCAGCUCAGCGACCAGCUCGAGAUGCUCAACAGCACCGUCAGCGAGUCCGACACCAAGAUCCGAAGCCUCGAGGCCAGCUUGCUGUCGUCGCAACAGACUGUCCGUCGUCUCGAAGCCGCCGCGGCCCGUGCCGAGGAUGCUGAACGACACCUGUCCCUGCUGGAGGAGGAGCAGAUGAAGCUGCACUCGGACCUGCGGCUCUCCAGGGAGGAUGCCCGCACACACGCGCAGAGAUGCAAGGAAGCACAGAGAGGCAUCCUCGAUAUGCAGGACCAGCUGGAGCGCAUGGAGCAGGAGGCUCAACAGGAGCGGAAGCGUCACGCAGAAAUCAUCAGUCGCAUGGAGCGUCAGCGUGAUGUGGAGAAGCAGCUCGACACUGCCGCCGGCCGCCUCAAGGGCGCUGCCGCCUCGAAGUCGUUGAGCGUCCGGAAGGAUGGCAGCAGUGUCGUCAGCCACUUCGUUCGCGACCUGCUCCAGGACAAUGCCAGCCUCCAGCUGGGCAUUGCCGAGCUGCGAGAGAUGCUCCUCAAUUCCAACAGCGAGAUCCAGAUGCUGCGCGGCCAGCUCAUGAACCACCAACCCGCCGGCACCAGCCAAGACGAGCUUGUCCGCACCAACCUCCACGACGAUCUCGCUCCCCAGCUUAACAGGGAGACUAAGCUAUCCCAGGAGCUCCACGUCCACCACCACUACCACGUCCCUAGACAGGACGCCCGCAAACCUAAGAAGAAGCGCCAGGGCCUGACACCGGGUGGCUUCUACUCACCAUCCAUAUCGUCCGGCACUGCGACACCAGUCCCGUCCCUCACCACUUCUUCCUCUGCACGGUCAUUGGACCCCGACGGCGACGGAGACGAGCCCACGACGCCGGCGAACAACAACAGCAAGACGGAAAUUACAACCACGCCGACGUGGAGCGGCGACUCAGCGCUGGUGUCGGAAUUUACAUCGUCUGUCGCCAGUUCGCCGCGGUCCCACAGGGUCAGCUCCAUCUUUGACGCCUCGGCUCUGGGUACUACGUCGCCGGCAUCGCCGACGACUAGCUACGACCCAAUGUCACCCACGUGGCGAGCACACAGUAAGCGCACAUCCAACGCCUCACACCAGAGCAUACAGACUCUGUCGCAUACAGACCUGGCGCCGGACACGGCACUCGACUGGCAGACGCCAUCGGCUCAGUGCUGCGACAACAUCAUUAGGGAGGAAGACGAGGACAAUCUGGCGACGGGUGACAGGAUGGCAGAUAUGAUGCAACAUGAGAGCCCGUCGCGGAGUCGGCUACGUCGCACCGUCUCCCACGGCUCGAUCAUGUCACUCAAGGGCGGCCUGGACAUUCACACGCUCAAAUCCCGACCGAGUCAGAUGACGCUGCGUCCUAUCGGGGGCGUGCAGGCCGUGGUGACGGGAGUCACGGCUCAGCCAACCAUGUCUCUCUCUUCUAGCAAGCGGAGCGACGUGGCCUUGCGCGACCAAUUCUCGCGAACCCAGACGGCUCGAUCAGGUAGCCUCACGCCUUCGGCCGGAUCUGCGACGCGGAGUCCAUCCCCGUCAUCUUCCCAGCGUAGCCUUAAGGGCGGCUUGGGGAAGCUGGUAGGGUGGCGGCCUUGGGCGGGGUCUAAUGCCAGCUCGACCAACACGGCGGCGGGGAACAAGGACCUCCUGCAGCUACCAUCGUCACAACAGCCCAGCCCUGCGGGCAGUCCGGCCCCAUCGAUAACGACGACGGCGACAGAUACGGUCAGCGCCACCGGCAGCACGACGUCGGCAGCCAAGCCCAAGGAUAACAAGGUUGCGAGCCGCACGCCGGGUAUCAACCAGCCCGGCUCCAUCCCCGGCUUCCAAGAAUACUGGGCAUCGCAGGCACGCAAGGGCGCACCUGCCAAGGUGAAUGCUGAGACGAUUGACCACGACGCUCUGGCCGAGGGUCUACGAGGGUGA